AUGGAGGACGGGGUCUCCCUUGACCGUGAUACCGUUCGGAGCCUACUAAACCCUCUAUCAGCAAGUGUGUUCCAAGCAGAAGAGCAUCAGCAUCCGUGGCGGGCGCAGUUCCCGAUCUUUAGUCGGCCAUUGCUCAGGCUUUGGGACCAUAAUUCAGGAAGCCAACCAGAUAAAGACGGUUAUAUGAGAGCAAGAGCGACGCGUGGACGACUUGAUACGUUCAAUUCUCGGAAGGAAUCAUUAACUGUUCAUAUUAACCACAGAGUCUGGAUUCCAACUCCUUAUGUCUCAUUCACAACCGCACCUUCCAAAGUUGAAGAUCUCGCUAACUUGAGGGCUCAACGGCAUCGAGGACCAUCUACUCUAACGGCUGUGGAUCCCAAUUAUCGAAUUCGAAACGGCCUCCCCGUUCUGCAUGUCAGUGAUGAGAUGGAAUACUAUGAUGUCGCUGACCCGUACAACAAAACCAACGAAUACUAUAAAGAUCACUAUAUUUGCUUGUGGGAGGUUACAAAUAAGGAGAUAGUGGGCCAUUGGCAAUGGGAAGACUUAGUUCAAAAUGAGAAUUGGUAUGAAGAGAUCGUCAUUCCUGCUUUUCUGCGCAAUCGGAAACUGGUUGAGGCAGAACACUUGUCGGACCUCUUUACCGGGCUUUCUCUCACAACCGACCCAUCCGACCCAACCAAUUUCUUUGAUAGCCGUUCAGAUUCAUCAAGCGAACUAGUCUGCUUCUUCGAAGAAGAGUUCGAUUUCGACGAGGGAUACGGUUUUUUCCAGGAUGGCUCAGAUACUGAUGAUGAAGUGGAAGAGGCUAAUGCCACAGAUGAUAUGAUCAAGAUCAUGGAAGGAAAUUGGUGA